UCCCUCCCUCCCGCUGCUGGAAGAUGGCGGCGAUCAGGAGCCUGCGCUCUGUUUGCCGGGCGGCUAAAGCUACUUCCCUCUGGAUCUCCGGCCAGCGAUUUGCACCAGACGUCGUUAACGGAAAGUGGCGGCAGCUCGCUGCGGCAGGGCUGGUGCCAGCUCGAGGCCUGAGGGAAAUUGUAAGGGUCCAGGAUGGACAGACCAUAAUGAUUGAAGGAAAGAAAGUCGAGAAUUCUCCAGUGGCAUCUGAGCCUCCAAACCCUUCAGGACAGUGUCCAAUCUGCAGAUGGAACCUGAAGCAUAAAUAUAACUAUACAGAUGUGCUGCUGCUCAAUCAGUUCAUCCGUUCAGAUGGAGGGCUGUUACCACGUCGAAUCACAGGACUCUGUUUCGAAGAGCAUAAAAAGAUUGAAGUCUGUGUGAAGAUGGCUCACCGAGCAGGCUUGCUGCCAGACCACAAACCUGCCCUGCCAGAAGGUCAUGUUCCAAAAAAACAGAAGCCCCACUUAAACAGAUACCUCACAAGAUGGUCAGUUGAUUCGGUGAAGCCCAUCUGGAAGAAAGGCCUCAAGUGGUGCAAGGUUCGCAUGCCUGUGGGAGAUCCAAUACUGAAGAAUAAUAUUGUCUAUGGGAAAAAACCCUGUUAUAUCAAACACUGAUAAUGACUCUGGUGUGGGCUGAUUGACUGACUGAAGUUCCAAAAUACUUCUACACAUUUUACAAACAACCAACUCAUUUGCAGCACAUGGAGGUGUUUUUGAAUAACAUUUAUUAAAAUAUAGAGAAAUUUCAUGAAUUGCCAGUAAUGUUUAAGUGUAAGUACAGCAAAUGUAAUUUGAAGUAAAUCAAUUAAAAUGAGA